GUUCUGCAGUCCCACAGUUCACAAUGCUGGCUGUACCGUGGAUAUUCACAGUUUUAACUCUGCUUCUAUGCGCAGAUGCAAGCCCUCGUCGUAGGACUGUUGACUGCGCUAUGGACUCCAUCAAGAUUAACGGGGGCAGCUACUGGCCGACUGGCGUGAGCCGCAGCAGCGUGGUGAAGUACAGCUGCCCCCAGGGCAUGUACCCCUACCCCGUGCAGAGCCAGAAGUGCAAUCGCUAUGGGCGCUGGAGCCCCCUGAAGACACCGACGGGGGGCACAGUCAGCAAGGUGGUCUGCAAGUGGAUCAGCUGCCCAGACCCUUCCAGACUGGAGCACGGGUCGAUGGAGCCCAUGCUGAGGGAGUACCUUGUGGGAAACAUCACCUCCUACAGCUGCUUUGAGGGGUACCAGCUACGGGGGUCCCCCACUCGAACCUGCCAGCCCAACGGGAAAUGGAAUGGAGAGAACCCCAUCUGUGACAACGGCUCAGAACACUGUCCUAACCCAGGCACCCCACCCGGCUCCCGCAGGACAGGGGACAGGUUCGGGAUCGAUGACAAGGUGACCUACCGGUGCGACAGAGGCCUCUUCAUGUUCGGGUCUGCAAAGCGGGAGUGCCAGGAGAACCAUGAGUGGACUGGCACCGAGCCAGCCUGCUACUACAAGAACACCUAUGACACACCAGAGGAGGCCUCUCAAGGCUUCUCAACCUCCCUCAAUGCGCUGCUCCAUGUAGCAGAUUCAGACGCACCUCCUAGUGAAGAACAACUUGGAAGAAAGAUAGUCCUCAAGAAAGGAGGGAAACUUCACAUCUACAUCAUCUUAGAUGCUUCUGAAAGUGUCGGAGAAGAGGAUUUUGAAAAGUCAAAGAAAUGCGCUCUGGACUUUAUGGACAAGAUUAGUUCUUAUGAAGUUGAGCCAAAAUGGGGCAUUGUGACUUUUGCAACAAAUGCUGAGAAGAUUGUGGAUAUUGUGGACGAAACAAUUGACAUAUCCAAAGCAUACAGCCAGCUGAGUGACUUUGAUUUUUCUGUGCACCAGGAGCAGUCUGGAACCAAUAUCAAAGAAGCCCUGGACACUGUGUAUAAGGAUAUGUCAUUUCUGAAAGCUAGAAUGAAAAAUGAGUUUGAAGAAGUCAGGAACGUUGUUCUGCUCAUCACUGACGGAAAGAAGAAUAUGGGAGGUAAACCUGAGGAUGCUGUGAGGCAGAUGCGCUCCUUGUUGGGUAUCACAAACCCUGGACACAUCAGAGAGGAGUUCUUGGAUAUUUACGUUUUUGGAGUUGGUGAAGACAUUGAUGAGGAUGAAAUCAAUCUGAUCGCGUCGAAGAAGGACAAAGAGAAGCACGUCUUCAAACUGGAAAACCCUGAGAAACUGGCAGAGACUUUCGAGCAGAUGAUAGAUGAAUCUGACAGCGUGGGUCUGUGUGGGCUGUACCGGGAGUAUGACAAAGAAUCAGAAUCAGAGAAAACAAAGAAAGAAAAGUACCCCUGGCACGUCUCCAUCACGAUAACACGGCAAAGCGGGAAGGAGGACUGUAAAGGAGCCGUCGUCAGCGAGCGCCACGUCCUGACCUCGGCUCACUGCUUCACCACGGAGGAGCAGGCUAAGGAUGUGAAGGUGAUAAUCGAUGACUCCACGAUUGGCACUCCUGGCCGCUCUAAAGUUAAAGAUGUGGAGCAGAUUUACAUUCAUCCCGAAUAUAACAUUGCAAAAAAGAAAGCUGAAAACAUUUCCGAAUACUACGACUACGACGUUGCACUGAUUGAACUGAAGAGUGACGGAAAAAACCCUACAAUUCUCUUUUCGAAAAAUGUGCGGCCAAUCUGCAUCCCCUGCACUGAGCAGGCCUCUGGAGCGCUGAGACUUGAUAAAAAGACAACGACCUGCAAACAGCAUCGUGAGACUCUACUGCCAGACCUUGGUACUGAGGACGCAAGCUUUCUGACAGAUAAAUUAGAUAAAAAGGACGUAAAAAUUAAACUAAGAAAAGAGCUCAAAGAGCAAUGCUAUAAAGACGCACUGAAAGCCCCAAUCUAUAAGGAUGUCCCUGAUAUAGACUGGCCUGACGUUGUGACGGACAGAUUCCUGUGCACUGGAGGCACAGACCCAGUGACAGAUGACGUGACCUGCAAAGGUGAUUCUGGAGGCUCCCUGUUUCUCGAGAAGAAAAGAAGAAUGUUUCAGGUGGGAGUUAUAAGCUGGGGGAACAAGAAUCUUUGUGUUGGAGGCAGGAGGCAGCCCACUGAGAAAGACUCCCGAGAUUAUCAUAUUAAUCUCUUUGAGGUGCAGGACUUCUUGAGAGAUAAACUGGGAACAAAUGAACCAAAAUAUCUGAACUUCAUCAAAUAACCAGCAUGUACUCAACUGUAAAUCUUUCAGAGCUGUCUUCUGUAUCUUCUGCACUUUUCAUUGGCUUGCUAACAAACUGUUUUAUAAGAAACAUGUUAAUAUUAAUAAACAAGGCCAAAGGAAACUUAUUGACCAUUCACUGCUUUACACCAGAAGAGACUCAAUAAAACAUGUCAGUGUUAUGAAAUCUUAUCCAGUAUUGGUCCGGUGAAUGUAAUAUUGAAAUACAUUUCUUCAUGUCUCUUUUGAUAAUGUCUGUUUUUGUUUAGUGGGGUAGUCUCAGUUCAGAGUUUAAGUCCAGUAGCAUUGAGUUUACUGUGAUUUCCAUUUGUACUGCUUUUUUAAAAAGAUAUGUAACAGACCACAUUUCUUGUCCUAAAUAAAAGUUGCACACAUUAA